AUGUUAUACGAUUAUAUGAAUUGCGGAAUAAAAAUCACCGGGAAAAAACUCACCCCCACGACCAGCUAUGGAAAAAAACCGACCACAGGGAUACCAUCGCCAGUAGACGUGAAAAUGAUAGAACAAAUAUUAGGCGAUAAUGAGACUAGUAGUGAUUUCACAUGGACCCAAUAUAUAGAACUGAACGACCGUCACAGGUAUCACAGCUUGCGAAAGCUGAACAGCGAAUACCCGACAGAAUGUCGCUGGACGUGA